AUGUGUGCAACCUUGGAAUCUCAGUGUACUCUGCAGAAUAAUUUCGAGCCAGGAUUCAUGGCUGAUGGAGACUUUGUGAUUGGGGGCAUUUUCCCCUUGCAUUAUAAUCAGGAAAUGCCAGACUUGAACUGCACAUACAAACCAGGACCAGUGCAGUGUAAUGGGUUUGAUCCCCGGGCUUUUCGCUGGGCUCUGACUAUGAAACUUGCUGUGGAGGAAAUUAACAACAGUAGUGAGCUGCUACCGAACCAUACUCUAGGUUAUAAAAUAUUCGAUUCCUGUGCAUAUCCCUUAACUGGUCAAAGAGCAGCUCUUGCUGUUAUGAAUGGACCAAUGGAAGCAGACAAACCCAUGUGUUCAAGUGCGAGCCCGAUGCUGGCUAUAAUUGGUGAAUCUGGAUCAGCUCAGUCUAUUGUUGUGUCUAGGAUUUUACGCCCUUUCAGGAUUCCUAUGAUCAGCUAUUUCUCUUCCUGUGCCUGCCUUAGUGACAGACGAGAAUUCCCCACCUUCUUUAGGGUCAUUCCCAGUGAUGCGUACCAAGUGAAAGCCAUUGCGAAGCUGCUGAUUCAUUUCAACUGGACAUGGGUGGGUGUGGUUAGGGGUGACCAUGCAUAUGGACGCUCUGCUCUGCAGGGACUGCUUAACGAGCUGAAAGAUACAGGUGUGUGUGUGUCCUACCAGGAGAUGAUCCCCCUGCUGUAUGACAGCAGGAGAGCAAAAGAGAUCAUCCGUGUGAUGAACAGCUCUACUGCCCGAGUGGUGGUGGUGUUUUCAGCUGAGGGUGAACUUACACCAUUUUUUAAAGACUAUAUGAAACUGAAUGUUACUGGAAUUCAAUGGAUUGCCAGUGAGGCCUGGGUAACAGCUUCAGUGUUCACAGGAAGUGAGUACUACCCCUUCCUGGGAGGCACAAUUGGGUUUGGGAUUCGCCAGGGUUAUAUUCCAAACCUGAAAGACUAUCUAACCACUGUAAACCCACAGGUGUACCCAUCCAACACUCUGCUGCCCCUGUGCACUGGUCAAGAGCCACUCAACAAGCAACAUUCUGCCUACAUGAACACAUCUAGUACUCGGAUUUCUUAUAAUGUAUACAAAGGCGUUUAUGCGAUUGCUCACUCCCUCCACAAUCUCAUGAAUUGCAAACCAGGAACCUCCAUGUGUACUGACAGCUCUAAAGUAUAUCCAUGGCAGCUCCAGAAUUACCUGCAAGAGGUCUCGUUUACUAUCUCAGGUGAGACGGUCAACUUUGAUAUGAACGGUGACUCGAUCCCGUCCUACGACCUGAUCAACUGGCAGAAGGGAACAGCUGGCAAUAUUGAGCUGGUUAAAGUGGGCAUGUAUGAUGGGGCUCGAGAGACCGGGAAUGAGCUGGUCAUUUAUGAAACAGCUAUCACAUGGGCCAGAGACAUGAUCUCUGUUUGCAGUGACAGCUGCUCUCCAGGAUUUCGGAAAGCUGUCCGUCAAGGGGAGCCUCUUUGCUGCUUUGACUGUGUACCAUGUGACAGUGGCAAGAUUAGUAAUCAGACAGUAGACUGCAUGGCCUGCCCUGAAGAUUACUGGUCCAAUGUUGACGGAACAGAAUGCAUUCCCAAGGUUAUGGAAUUCCUUUCCCAUGAUGCAAUGGGGUUAACACUGACAGCUAUUGCUGUUUUGGGGGCCUGUGUCACUUUAGCUGUAUUUGCAGUCUUUCUCUACCACAGAAACACUCCCAUUGUGCGUAUGAAUAACUCUGAGCUGAGUUUCUUCAUCUUGUUCUCCUUGACCCUGUGUUUCCUGUGUGCACUGAUCUUCAUUGGGGAGCCCACAUCCUGGUCUUGCAUGCUGCGCCACACUGCUUUCAGCAUCACUUUCUCGCUCUGUAUCUCGUGCAUCCUGGGGAAAACCUUAGUGGUGCUCGCUGCUUUCACAGCCACCCAACCUGGAAACAAUGUCAUGAAAUGGCUUGGGCCUAUACAGCAGAGGAUCAUUAUUUUUAGCUGCACCCUGGUCCAGAUGAUCAUCUGUGCAGCAUGGCUCAUAUCGUCCCCUCCAGUCCCCUACAGAAACACACAGUAUCAGCGCUCUAAGAUUAUUCUAGACUGUAGGGUGGGAUCUGAGCUGGCCUUCUGGUGUGUACUCGGCUACAUUGGCAUUUUGGCCUGUUUGUGUUUCAUUUUGGCCUUUCUGGCUCGAAAACUACCUGGGAAUUUUAACGAAGCGAAAUAUAUUACUUUUAGCAUGUUAAUAUUUUGUGCAGUGUGGCUGGCAUUUAUACCUGCUUAUGUCAUCCCUGGUAAAUUCACCACUGCAGUCGAAAUCUUUGCUAUUUUAGCCUCAAGUUUUGGGCUUCUUUUGUGCUUAUUUGCUCCAAAGUGUUACAUCAUUCUACUUAAACCAGAAAAGAAUACCAAACAGCAUCUAAUGGGGAAAUAA